AUGUCACACGCUGCUUUCCCUUGUCUCUCUUUCUCUCUAUUCGACCCUUUAUUUUUAUUCUUUCGAUUGUCCACCAAUUCAUUCGCUCUUUCUUUCUUUCUUUCUUUCUUUCCUACUCCCAUUUAUUUCUCCGUUUUUCCUUUUCUUUCUUUCUUUCUUUCUUUCUUUCUUUCCGUAAGUGUCUAUCUACAUCGCACAUUAUCCUCUUCUAAUUCUUUCUUUCUUUCUUUCUUUCUUUCUUUCCUGUCUAUCUACAUCUCACAUUAUCCUCUUCUAAUUCUUUUCUUUCUUUCUUUCUUUCUUUCUUUCUUUCUUUCUUUCUUUCUUUCCGUAAGUGUCUAUCUACAUCUCACAUUAUCCUCUUCUAAUUCUUUCUUUCUUUCUUUCUUUCUUUCUUUCUUUCUUUUUCUUUCCGUAAUCUCUUUUAUUCUCUUCUCUUUCUUUCUUUCUUUCUUUCUUUCUUUCUUUCUUUCCGUAAGUGUCUAUCUACAUCUCACAUUAUCCCCUUCUACUUCUUUCUUUCUUUCUUUCUUUCUUUCUUUCUUUCUUUUUCUUGUCUAUCUACAUCUCACAUUAUCCCCUUCUACUUCUUUUUCUUUCUUUCUUUCCGUAAGUGUCAUCUAUCAUCUCACAUUAUCCCUUCUACUUCUUUCUUUUCUUUCUUUCUUUCUUUCUUUCUUUCUUUCUUUUCUUUUCUUUGUUUUCUUUCUUUGUAAGUGCAUAUUAUCCCCCUUUCUAAUUUAUUCUGUUAAUAUCUGUUUACCCCUCUGUUUGCUCCUAUCUAUCUAUCUAUCUAUCUAUCUAUCUAUCUAUCUAUCUAUCUAUCUAUCGCAGUCUGUUAAUAUCUAUCUAUCUAUCUAUCUAUCUAUCUAUCUAUCUAUCUCCGUCUGUCCAUGUCUAUCUAUGUAG